AUGUUGAUCUGGCCAACUUUAAUCAGGAGAAUCUCCACCUCCACCUCUCUGUUCAAAAUUGGAAGGCCAGCACUUGAAAUUCACCACUUCCAGAGCUCUACUGAGCUAAUCUUGCCAGUGGCCCUGUUCCAGCAAUUGAUUCAGGAAAUUACUUUGUUCUGUCACCAAGAACAUGAAUAUUGCUGGCAACAUACUGCUAUUGAGUCACUUCAGAAGACAGGUGAAGCAACCUUAUACACUCUAUUUGAGUGCUCUGUUAUGGCAAUGGCACACUGUAAGUAUGUUAUGGUCAACACUAAUAAUAUGAAGCUUGUUCUUGGCAUUGGUGCCAAAAUCAGAUCAAACUAUUUCAGUCUAAUUGAUGCACCUGAUUGCCCUGCCCCUGCUAUCACCACCUGCCACCUGUGUGCUGCCCCCACUCCACCAACUACUACUGCUGCUGCUCCACCACCACUGCCACUGCCCACCACUGCCUCUCUGUCUUUCUCCAGCACCAUCAGAGUCUCUACCCAUCAAAUGACAGGUAUUAGAGUCUCUGUCUGGUUCACAAAGCCAGUUCUGGAGAAGCAGGAGGAGAAGAAGAAGGAGAAGAAGAAGAAGAAGUAG